AUUUCAAAACAAAUCAUUUUCGCCGACAUCAGGACAUAAGCGUGGAAAAUGGAUUACGAACUCAGAAAUAUAAAAGACUUCCUGCAACUGUACAACAGAAUAACAGACCUGUGUUUCAACUCGUGCGUCGAUAAUCUGUUCGGACGAGAUCUGACACGGGAGGAGAUUUCCUGCGCCGAUAAUUGUGUACUAAAAUUCACAAACGUAAACCAGCGAUUACUGAAGGUCUACGUUGGGGUGCAGGCGGAUAUUAAUCAGAAAAGAAUGUCGGAAUUUGAAGCACAACAGGCAAAAUUAUUAGCUGAACAGCAGCAACAGCAACAACAACAAACAGCGGUCCAGCUGACUCCCGAAACAGCAACAACAAGCAAUACUAGCGAAUCCCCAGUGGUAUAA